UAAGCGCACUCUUACACUCGUUUGCUUAUCAACACGAAUUCCAAUUUUAAUUUUAAUUUCUGAUGAAUUGAACUAUCAACGGUGAAACGUAAUAUUUACGAUUACCUAUGUUGCGUCACGUGAAAAAAAGGAUACAAGGAAUUUUCCGUUGUACACGAUAAGCAAGGAAAGUCUCUAGAAGAUUCAAACGUGUUCUGUCUCUACCUCCGUAAGUGACAUAUUCACGUGAUAAUUAUAAAAUUUCACAAUGUCAGAAAACAAGAACGAUAAAGCAAAGGUUGAUCUCGGAUUAUUAGAGGAAGAUGAUGAAUUUGAGGAGUUCCCUGCAGAAGAUUGGACUGCAGUUGAUGAAGACAAUGAAGAUAUUAGUGUUUGGGAAGACAACUGGGAUGACGAUGAUGUAGAAGAUGAUUUUAAUCAACAAUUAAGGGCACAAUUAGAAAAACAAAAGGGUCACAACAAAGGGAAGGAUUCUUAAUUAAAUUAUAAAUUAGAUGUUAUUAUUCAUAAGAAUAAAUAUGUAUUAAUUUCCUAAGAUUUUGCAUACAUAUAAGUUUCAUUUGAUGUAUAUUGAUAGACUUUUAUUAAUUGUGAAAUAUAAUGAUUUUUCAUAAA